AAUUCAUUACAGCGCUAUUGACGAGUCGGGAAACGCUAUUGGCAGAGCAAGAAACGGGGUUGGAAAAUAAAAGCCGAAGCAACAGUCGGUCUGUCGCGGCGGCUUGUGACGGUGUUGAAGACUAACAAUUAUGAACCUUCAUACUUGGUAAGUGUCCCGGAAGAGGCUAUAAAAUGGUUCAAAUAUUUUAUUACGAAAAUCGAGGAAAAUGUUGUCGAAAAGUUUUCAACUACGAAGGUUACCCAACGAAGGUGAUGCUUUUUCCGUACGAAGGAUGGGCACACCCGGUUCCUGUGACGUACUGGACAUUAAAAACCUAUUGGUGGAACCGAUCACGGUGUAAAAUCGUGGAGGUUUCCGGAACAAAACGAAGAACGACAAAGGCAAAAAUGUCUGACAAAGGAAGUGGCGCCAUGGUUAUAUCUGGAAAAUUUAAAAACAGCCCUAGUCCCGACUUUCGCAUGACUUUGACAACAAACAUUUCUAACGAAGAUUUUCAGCUGGGAUACUGUGUGACUGGAACGCUGGAGAGAGGGGACAAGAAGAAGGGCGAUCUACAACUCGCGCAGUUUGCCAUGGUGAAACGCCGUGGAUACUAACCCAAAGAUGAACUUCUAUCUCAUUUAUUUUAAUCAAAAGAUCCUAGCUCUAAUUCUGACCACGAAAAUCAAUACCAACAAUAGAUAUAAGUGCUGUAUUAGAAGCAAAUUGUAGCACGCCGAGACACAUAAAACUGCUUAAGAAGAAGUACAAAGACGUCCCCUGCCUCAAGCUAAGAAAAAGGAGUCGGGGUUUCACAUUCCAUUUCUCAUUUCUAUAAGAAAAAAUUCUGUUUUAUUUCACCCAUAAAAGAGACUUUCAAGACAGACGUCUCUCUUCGACAACCAUUUUUUUUUUAUCUGUGUACCAGAUAAACUUAUUAGCUGCUGUUGAAAAGUGUGAACUGUUGAGCGUGAUAUUGCAUAUCAGAGAACUCAUUUAUGUCGCAUGAAAUGCACAUCUUGAAUUAACUAUUCCAUUUGAUGUUUGUGAUUUAUUGUUCUCUUUGUGUUCUUGUUACCACGUGACGUUUGGCGUUGCCAUUGUACAUGUGUAGGUAGUUAAAAGUGGUGCUUGUUAAUUAUUUAUCGAUAUGUAAAAUUAUUCCAUGUUUUUAUAAAAGUACAUAGUCCUCGAACAGACAAUAAAAUAUGUAGGAGUCAUCAGACAUUCCAAGGAAAAGUUGUGUAGAUUACCUAUUGAAUAAGACAAGACUCUGCUUUUAUCAGGCGUCUCCAUCAAUUGUAUAUUGUCGAUUUCUCAUCAUGUCUCAGACUCUAUGACAUCAGAAUCCACAAUUUGACGGUUACUUUGAUUCAUGUCUCUGCUUUAUUACAAUAUUGCCAUUUCAAAUGAAAAGCAAAAAGAAAUAUUGCCGUUUUAUGCUUGUGUAGAAAAUGUUUAAUAUUAAUAUUUCUGUUUGUAAAAAGGGAUCGAAUUGUAACAGCUUGUGAUUUAGACAUUGCACACAUUUCAGACCGUUUAAUUUACAAGUUGGAAUCGAAUGCUAAAAAAGAUUUGGAGAGAGAUAAAACAAUUUUUAAAAUAAGUCUUAAAAGAAAUAAAAUAAAAUUAUUUCAUUAGAAAAUGAAUCCCGAAACCCUCGUAUACAUAAUUAUCAUUUGCUAAGAAUUUGGUUUUUGAUGGUGCUGUUCAGCAUCCAUUCCUUGCAAGGCGACAUUACCAUUGCUGCUCUAUGUACCUAUCUAUAAGGUAUAUUUUAACAAUUUAGUUUUAUUUGAAUAACUCUUUUUGCAUUUCAAAUUCGACUGCAGAAUGACGAAAACAGAAAUAUGAUCAUAGAAAAAAUUCACAGACCAAAUCAAAUUAUUGAGAUACUUGAACAACUGAAACUUCAAAGUUUGAAGAAAUAGAUUCAAAUUAUUUCUAGAAAAAUAUCUUUAUUCCUUUCGAUGUGUUUUUACAAGUCUUAAAAAGUUAUUGCUUUAUUCUCGUCAUUCAUAUAAUGACUACGUAUAUAUCGGAAUCAUCUGGGAAUCAAUCUCGUCAUUUCCUGUGUUGAUAUGUCCUUUUCCGGGUCCAUUGUCUUCCCAUGCAUCGUGUCAUAUGGUGUCUUAUCCACUUGCAUGUUUGUUAGAAUUAUUGAACUUUUCUGUCAGGCAUUGUGAAUGUUUCCAGACAUGUACUAUUUAUAAUUGAAUAAAUAUUAUGUUAUCAA